AUGUCUCGCUGGCGCGGCAUUCUUUCCCGUAGCACAGGGCAGUGCAACAGCAGUAAAACAGCAACAGGCGCAGCUACAACGGCAACAACGACGCCAGCUCAGGAGGGCUAUGGCUCCUCCGCCGCCACUUCUCCUGACAAGGAGGUCGGACGAGACGGUAGCUGCAUUAGUUGCUGCAGCUUAUCGAGCUGUGGCAGCACUUCGGGUGUGUGGCUACCACUUGCUGCCGUAGGGAGCGACGAACUGCUGGGCCUGCAUGAGAGGAACAGCAGCGGCAAGCAGCAGCAAUGCAUGCGCCGAGGAGAUAGCUGUAGCACAAGCUGCACCCGCAGAAGCGCUCCAUUUUUGCCCGCCUUUACCUGUAGCAGCAGCAGCAGCACAGUGGCUUCCCCCACAUGCCGCACCUGCACCACAGGAAGAGCAGCAGGACUACAGACAAGCAACAGCCGUGACAGUGUCGGCAGCGCUUUGUGCGGCUGCAUAGCUUGCAUCAGCCCAGGAAUUCACGAAGUGCCUCUGCCUCCGCAGGGCUGCCAUCACAUUUGCCCUAGCGGUGUUCAGCAGCGGCACCAGCGGCAGCCAACCGAGCUGCCAUGCAGUGAAGCAGCAGCAGCACAACAAACAAAAGCAACUCCCAGAACAGUAGCAAGGGAAGAGGCGAGCUCUUUUUAUGAGUCUCCAACGGAAUUUUGGGGGCCCCAUGGGGUCCUUAUGGCGCGCAGCGUUUUCGUAGAGGGCCCAACUGCAGUAGCAUCACCUGCAGCUGCAUCGUCUUUUUUGCACAGCGACUCCGGCACCCCCUUGGAGAGCGGACAGCAACAGCAGCGUGAGAAGCAACAUAAGCCACAGCAUCAGCGCCUUAAAUGUCCCAGCAGCUCAGUUUCGUUGGCGGGGUCUUCCCUGAUGCUUCCGGCGCCUUCUGCUGCCGCUGCUGCUCUUGCGGCGUCUGCAGUUUCACCCGGAGGACCCUGGAGAGGCCACUCGCUCGAAGGCCGUGUUAUCCUUUUGGAGAGUGGCUGCAGCAGCGGCGGAGAGAGCAGCAGCAGUAGCUACUACCGCCACUGCAAUAGCGACAGUGCAGUGGCAGUCGAGCCGGCCUCUCUUGUGGCGAGGACUUCAGGGGCGAGAUCUGCAACGGCGGCAGCAGGAGCAGCUGCAGAUGACGCCGCAGAGGCAGCCGCAACAGCUGCUGCAAAGGCUGCAGCAACAGCUGCAGCAACGGCUGCAGCAACAGCUGCAGCAACUGCAACGGCGACAGCAGCAGCAACAGCUGCUGCGACGGCAGCGGCAGCUGCGGCCGCAGCAGCAGCAGCAACAGCAGUUCCCUGUUUCUCUGCGCUUUUCGAAACACCUCUGGAUGACCCUGACCCUGCUGCCGCAGCGACGGUGGCCAGCAGAAGCAAUAGCAAAACGGAGGCAACGGAAAUCUCCGACAGCAGGGAGAGCCUUCCUGUUGUGCCACAGAGGCGUUUGUAUCAGCAGCAUCUGUCCCGCGGGCGCAUGCUACCGACGCAACGCAGCUUCAGCCACGGCAGCAGCAAAAACGCCAUCACAAGUUUAUCUCGCUUGUCAUUUCUUUGGAGUGGCAGCAAACUUUGGCGGGCGCCGCUUCAACAGCAUCAACGGCCGCAACAGGCCACCCGUACGCACAGCAGCGGGAAUCUUCAAGCUGCUGCUACUGCUGGAUCUCUAGUGACAGCGACAGGAAGAGUGCGAAGGUGCAAUACUGCGGUUGCAGCCGUUCUUGAAGACGCAGUGGGAAGCUCGUCUGUUAACCAAAGGACAGUUGAGAGACCUGACGCUGCUUCUGCUACGGCUCCACAGGCAGCGUCAGCUUUAGCGUCUUGCUGCGCAAUGGGGUGCUCUUCUUCUAGUUGCCGGGGAGUUCACGUAGUGGAGAGCCCGCAGCAGCAACAGCAGCGCGUGACGCAGGGAGCCCAGGUGGUGCAAUGCCAGCCGCCACAAGUGAAGCAGCGAGAAGUACAACAGCAACAGCAGCGUCGGAAGAAACAUGGUGUGUCCUACCUGCUGAUGUGGCGGCGUCGCCACACAAAGGCCAGCACAGCACCAGCUGCUGCUCAUGAAGCUACGAGUUUAGAAGCAGUGGCAGCAGUUCCAGGAGAGGAGGGCUCAGGUACUCUGUUUGGAGAGUCCGCUGGCCGUAGAGUGCAUACCAGCCCCCUUGUAGUUGGAAGCUGCGUGUACACUGCAGUGGGCUCUGAGCUAGCGCAGCAGCAGCUUCAGCAGAGGCAGCAGAAGCAACGGAAGCAAUGCCAAAGGUAUGCAGAGGCACAGAAACAGUUGCAGGUGCAGCAGCGCCUCCUCCUGCAGUUGCAGCUGCAGCACGGUUUUCCACAGGCCUCCCUGGGUGAGGCUGUUGGCGAUAUUCAAGCUGAAGUCAGCCCAAACCAACGUUGCCGCAGCAGCAGCACCAGCGCUGCUGCAGCAGCUGUUACGGUGCCAGUAAUAACUGAGGCAGCAGCAGCAGCUCCAGGCGCAACAGGAACAUAUGAUACGUUAGAUUCAGCAGCGGCCGUACGUAACCACCUAACAAAGGAACACUGGGAACAUCAACAACGUGAAGACGCCGUACUGUCAGUGGCCUCAUCAAGCACGCCUGCAAAUCCUGCAAAAGGAGUAACAGGUAUAGCAGUACUGUCAGCAGAGGCUCCUGCAGCAGAUGGAAAAGCAGCGGGAGAAACUGUGCCAGUACCACUCGUUCCAACAGCUCCAGCUCCAGAAGAAGGCGCAUCCGCAGCGUUGGCACCAGAAAGGGCAGCAGCAGCGGUAGCCAAUGCACCGGUUCCAAUAACUUCUGCAAUGCCAGUAGCGAAGGAGGGUGUAUUCGCAGCGCAAGAGCCAGCAGAAGUAGCAGCUGCAACAGCAGCAACAGACUGUGCCAAAGACAGCUCAUGGGGUCUUGAUGUUGCCACCGCUGUCGCCGUAUCUCUCUGCGACAGAGAAGUAUCUCUCUGCGACAAAGAAGCCUCAGCUUGUUCAUUUGAAAGCAUUGGGUACAGUAGAGGCACCAGCAAGAGCCAAAGAAAGUGCCCCGACGCUGGCGGCGGCAGUGAUUCGCUUGAAGAGUUUCAGAGCUGCAGCAGCAGCACCAGCCUCAGCAGGUGCAGCAGCGACAGGGACAACGAGGGACGCGGCACAGUAGGGGGGUGGAUGUCUGGGCAGUCCAUGUGGCAGCAGCACAACAGCAGCAGCGGCAGCAGCAAUGGCUGCGAGGACCUCGAGGAGAGACUGACGGAGGCGCUUGGCAUCGGCCUGCCGUACCGAAAGUGGAACAGACGAGGUAUCAAGGCAGUAACACUAGGCAUGGCGCCAGCCGCUGCCGCGGAUCUGCUCUUGGAUGCGCGCCGUGUCCACUGCGACCAAAGUAGCGGUGAGGACAGCCGCAGCAGCAGCAGUUCACCCGGGCUUCGCCGUAGCUCUCGUGUCCUAUCCUCAAAAACGCCGCAACCACAAAAGACUGCACGUAGUACUUGCUGCUCAGUGGAGGUAAAUGAGCGCGCCAAAGAAGCAGCAAUAUACGCUGCGGAAGCUGCUGCAGCUCUAACCGGCCAGGGACUGUACAACCCUACUGGAGUCUUCAGUGGUGGCAGCAGCACGCGCUGCAGCAUUUCAGAAGAGCCGUCACCAACAUCUGCCCGCGCUACAUGCAGCAACAGCACCGGCAGUGGUUUGACAAGGAAAAGCGAGAGUGUGACUGCUGCUGCGAGGAAAGCACCACCUCCGGACCCGCUGGACGCAUGCUCACCUUGUGCUGCUACGCCGCCGCCACUGGGAGUGCCAUGCUGUUGCUGCAGCGCGCUGCAGCAACAAAUUGACACGGAUCCAGCAACUGCAGCCGCAGCAGCCGCGGUAGCAGGCGAAGGCUGCCCUCAGUGUCUCACAGAUAGUAGUGAAGUGGACGAAUUCCUCACUCCAUUUCUCAGCGUCCUUCAGCAUGGCUCUGCAGCGGCCGCUCCUUCGCCUGGUGUUGCUCUAAAGACACCUGUACGACCCUGUUGCCGUAGCAGCAGCAGCGUAGGCGGCAUCGGUAACAGCGUAAAUAUGGCUCCGUGCAGCGAAGAGGAGUCAUGCGGCACCAGAGGAAGAUGCAGGGGGAGCUUUUGUUGCAGCAUUUUUGAAUGA